UCUGUUUAUAUUUUGAUUAUGCAUAAACAUUUUGCCGGUUUGAAUGGAUGGAACAACGUUUUACAGAUUUGAAUUUCAAACCAUAACUUACCGAGUUACUUAGUUUUAAAAAAGUAUAAAAACACAGCUAGAAAUUCAGUCCAGAAUGGACAAGGAACAGAAAAUGAAACAGCAUAUUUACACUUACUCGAAAAAUAUUUCAAAUGAAGUAGGAGAACAUUUUAAUAUGACGUUUGAAACGGAUGCAUUACACCUUAUUGCUGAGAUGGCGUACAAGAAGUUAAAUUUGUAUGGAGCAGAUCUGGAAGCAUUUGGAAAGCAUGCAAAAAGAUCCGUUAUUAAUGUGGAUGAUGUAAAACUCCUUGUCAGGCGCAACGAAUCUCUGAGACAAAUGAUUAAUGAAAAAGCACAAUUUCUAUUGGACAACCGCCCUCCUCAAGAAACUGCAGCUACUGCCAAAAGGAAAAGGAAAGCUACCAAUAGUACUAGUUGAACACUUAUAAUAUUAUACAAACUGCGCCUGUAUUUUUUUGUGAAUAGAAAAAGUUCAGCUAUCAGUGUAUAGCUAGCUAUAAACAUUGGA